GUACAUUCCACAUUUUGCCUACGAUCUUUCUAUUUAUUUAUUUUCCAAUUUUGAUGAAAAAACACGCGAAGAGAAUCGUCCGGUCUGUCAUAAAAGGAAAUACGUGCCUAAGAAAGGAAAGCAAUCAGAAAAAUCAGGAGGCAAAAACAAAAAAGCUUAAACAAAAGGUCAGCAUGCUAGUAGCUAAGACAAAAGAAGCACUGCAACUCCCAAGCGAAUCCGAGGGCGCCUGGCAGCUAAUGUGUUUGAAUUCCGUGAUAGUUCGUCCAUGAACGUGUCAUCCGAGUGACAGACAGAGAGAGAGAGAGAGAGAGAGGGACAGCUCCGUCUGCUCCAUCUGAAUAAUAAGAGGAACGGUACAAGGAAAGGAAGAGUAGCGCUUCUGGAACAGGAGACGAUAGAGAAGGAGAGAGUGAGAGAGGCAUGGAGAACAAAGAAGCAAGGCUGAGGAUGAUGUACCUGGCGAACCUUAUCAGCGUGCCCAUGGCUCUCCAUGCUGCGGUCAAGCUAAGCAUACCUGACCUGGUUUGGCAAGGUGGAGCCAACCUACCCAUCUCGCCCAAGCAACUUGCAGCCUUAAUCCAGAGCAAGCUCGGUCUGGCAACAGAGCCGGACACGGCCAACCUUCAACGCAUCCUCCAAGUCCUCGCCAGCCACGGAGUGUUCGAAGAGGUCCUGGAAAGUGGAAGCCAGGCCGCCAAGGCCUUCAGGUUGACUCACAUCGGCCAGACCCUCGUGCCCGACGAGCAGGGGUUGUCGCUUGGUGCUUAUAUACUGCGAAACUACCAGGAUGCUUUUGUUCAGGCAUGGCCUCACUUGCAUGAAUCGGUGCUUGACCCGAGGCAAGAGCCGUUCAAGAGGGCUCAUGGAGUGCCUGUCUACGACUACUACGCCAGGGAUUCCACUUGCAACUUGCUGAUGCAGAAAGCCAUGAGUAGUAUCUCCCUACCGUUCCUCAGGGCAGUGCUCGACUCCUAUGAUGGCUUUGGGUCCGAGGGGUUGAAGAGAAUAAUCGUGGACGUCGGCGGCAGCUCCGGUUCGUGCGUGGCUAUGAUCGUGGACAGGUACCCGGGAUUGCAAGGGAUUAACUUUGACCUCCCUCAAGUUGUGGCCGAUGCUCCCCAACACAAGGGUGUGACGCACAUUGGUGGUAACAUGUUCGACUAUGUUCCCGAAGGAGAUGUCAUGUUCAUGAAGGGGGUUUUAACUUCCUGCAGCGACGAGGAGUGCAAGAAGGUGUUGGAGAACUGCCACAAGGCUCUGCCGGAGAACGGGAAGUUGAUUCUCUGCGACACGGUGGUGCCGGCGGCGACGGAUGACAGCGAGCGAACUCGAAUGCUGCUAGUGGCCGACAUUUUUCUAAUGACGUUCCUUGCGGCUAACUGUAGGAACCGGACGGAGUCCGAGUACAGGAAGCUUUGUGAGGCAGCUGGGUUCACCGGCUUCAGGGCACACUAUAACUUUGACCAUUUCACCGCCCUUAUGGAGUUCCAAAAGUAGAGCUGCUUGAUUUUACUGAGCAAAUUAAGGGGCUGUGUGCACCCAUGGAUGCCUAGCCUGGUCGUGUGUAGCUCUUCCUGCUGAGAAUGAUCGCUCGCCGGGAAAUAUGGCUGGAUAAAUAAGGGCAAUAUAUUCCUAGUC